AUGAGGUAUCUAGUUCUCUUUUCCGUCGUUAUAGCUGCUGUUGCUGCGAGUGUCAUUAAAGACCCAACACAGGGUUACAAGGAAGGAGACAGAUUUUUCUAUUUCCCUGGUGAUGGAGAUGGAUUGAUUCACUUGGUGGACACUAAAGAGUUUGUAGACUACGAGUUCAUUAAGAGAUACACUGAGAAUCCCAACAACAAUGGAUACUGGCUGUUUACCAGAGCCAACCCAACGACUGCUCAAGUUAUUGAAAUGUACAACGUUGACUCGCUAGAGAACUCCAACUUUAAUAGCUCUAAUCCCGUUACGGUUCUGGCUCAUGGUUGGAAAGGCCAUGGAUUAAAUUCCAUUAACAGACAACUGACUGAAGCCUUCCUCCAACAUGGUGAUUUCAAUGUCUUCGUACUUGACUGGAGUCAACUGGCAAACCGCAACUAUUUGACAGCAAAGAAUGGAGUCCCAGCAGUGGGCAGAGGCCUGGGCCAGUUCCUCGACUGGCUCGUGUAUUGGGACGCUUCUUUCAAUACCAUGCACCUCGUAGGUUUCAGUCUUGGCGGUCAUCUCGUUGGUAGCGCUGGACGGGAAACUGGUGCUCAAGUUAGCAGAAUUACUGCUCUGGACCCCGCCAGACCGCUAUGGGGGGGGGAAGACCGCGAGCGCAUAGUUCAAACUGAUGCGAGAUACGUCGAAGUGAUCCACACAAACAUUUUCAACCUUGGUUUCACUGACUCUUGUGGUGACGCUGACUUCUACCCCAAUGGAGGCAGCGGCAUGCCUGGAUGCUCGACUAACAGCUGUUCGCAUGGUAGAGCCGUGGACUAUAUGGUUGCCUCUAUCAGAUACGAUCACUUCCUUGCCAACAAGUGCGGAACCCUCACGGAUGCUACCAAUGAUCGUUGCACUGGAGGACUAUAUCCCAUGGGAAACAGUGACCUGGAUAAAUCUGGAUCGGGAAUAUUCCGAGUCAACACGGCCAGUAUUUACCCAUUCUAA